UAAGUCAUAUUUAACAUUAAAAAAGGUGGCCUGAUUGUGUAAUUUGUAGCCUUAGGCCAGAGCCAGACUUGGUGGUCAACCCAGUAGCUGAGAAGAAAAUGAGCAUCAAAGCAUUAUAUAUAGCUUUGUUCGAGAAAAGAAAAAGGUGGGAGGGCUAAAAAAAGGGUCCUGGAAAAGAGAGUGCAUUCACCUUUGCUGCAGUCGUGGUCCUUGGUACCCGCUUGUUACUUUGUUUAGUGAGAAAAGCAGUCGAUUCAACUAAUCAACCGUAAACAGAAAGAGGAACAGAAUGGGAAGAGAAGACGAAGAAGAAGAAGAAGAAGAAGAAGAAGAAUACCAACAAGAAAGGGAAACUGAUGAUGAUGAUGAUGAAUCUUCAGCUUCAGAGGAAGAGGAAGAAUCAGAAUCGGAAGAGAAAUGGAGAAAGCACUACUCAUCCAGGCAUAGGAUAUUGUUGGUCGGAGAAGGAGACUUCUCCUUCUCUGUGUCUUUAGCCACACACUUCGGAUCAGCGCGCAACAUGGUCGCCACCUCUCUCGAUUCCCAGGAGAAGAUAUGUAGCAAGUACAGUAACGCAAUAGCGAAUGUGAGGGAGCUUGAAGAAAGGGGAUGCUUAGUGCUCUACGGAGUUGACGCCAAGACCAUGAGUCAACACUACUUCCUCAGCACUCAGAGGUUCGACAGAAUUGUCUACAACUUCCCUCAUGUCGGCUUUCUCUUCCGGGAGGAUAGCUACUGCCAGAUCCAGUUGAACAAGAGAUUGGUCAAGGGUUUUCUCAGGAAUGCUAAACUUCUUUUGAAAAAAGAGGGAGGGCAGAUUCAUAUCUCUCACAAAGAAGGCCAUCCUUACAACAAAUGGGAUUUAGUGAAGAAAGCACACAAGAUUGGAGGACUCGUUCUGACCCAAUCUGUGCCCUUCUGCAAGGAUGACUAUCCUGGAUAUGACAACAAGAGAGCCCAUGGUACCCUUUCCGAUGCCUCUUUCCACCUUGGGGAUUGCACUACUUACAUGUUUAGCCUUGCUUAGUCUUUGUUUCCAUCACAUACUCUGUUAUAUAUUUGCCUAGCACUCUUUCAAAUCAACAAUCGUUUUUAGAGAUCGAAGACAAGGCUGCUUGAGGCAUCAAGAGGAUUCAACAUGUAAUGUAAUAUAUGUAGAAACGCAGAAUCAUCAACUACUUUGUUUUGACCACAUGUAGAUGGUCGAACGUGCUCUCUCUUAUUACUUGUCAAGAGUCGACUGAAUGUAUGCUUUGCUUGCUCAAUUAUCAAUACUAUGCAUAGUUGUUGCUACCUUCAUUGCUUAGGGUCAGUAAAAAUGGUGAUGUAAUUAUUCAGCCGCUGAAUACUUUGUUUUCCUUCCCUUUUCACCUUGAUCUGCUUCCACUGCUCAGGGCAAGUUUCAACAGAAACCAGUCUCCACCAACACUCUUCAUAGACAUAGCAGCAAAAGACAUAUUUUGUGUGUUGGCUUUAGUCCCCAAAGUGCUGGACGGAUUGUACUGGAAUAUUAGCUUGCCGAGAGGAUGUAUAAGAGACCUGGUAAUUGAAUAUUAGCUUGCUGAGUGAAUAUAUAAUUUAAGUCCUGGAUGAUCUGUUGAUUUUU